AUGAUAGCCCUCGUUGAAUCUGCCACAGAGGGCAGACACACUGGUGACCUUGGUAACAUCGAGGCAGACGAUGAUGGUGUCGCCACCGUCGACAUCAAGGACGCGCGGAUCCAGCUGUGUGGCGCGCAAAGCAUUGUGGGACGCGCGCUAGUGGUUCACGCGGACGAGGACGACCUUGGCACGGUUAACAGUGCGGCGAGCCGCAAGACCGGCAACGCUGGCGACCGUCUAGGCUGUUGCGUUAUCGGGAUUACCCAAUAGAUCGGCGACGCUGGCGACCGUCUAGGCUGUUGUGUUAUCGGGAUUACCCAAUAGAUCGGCGACGCUGGCGACCGUCUAGGCGGUUGCGUCAUCAUGAUUUCCCGAUAGACUGACACGCGGUCGAUUUCAGAAGAGUGAG